AUGAAACCAAUAGUAUUAUUAAUUUUAAUUAUAAAUUUAUUAUUGGUUAUAAAUUUAGUUAAAAGUGAUGAAAGUUGUUAUUUAUUAAAACAAUCAUUAUUAUUUUAUAAAGCUCAAAGAGCAGGUAGAUUACCAGAUAAUGAUAUUCCAUGGAGAGGUAAUUCAGUAUUAAAUGAUAAGAGUGCAGGUUCAUCAGUUGAUUCAAAUGGUGAUGGAGAUUUAUCAAAAGGUUAUUUCGAUGCUGGUGAUGGUGUUAAAUUUAACUUUCCAAUGGCUUAUUCAAUGACAAUGUUGGGUUGGUCCUAUUUAGAAUAUUCUGGAAAUAUUGAAAAAUGUGGUUUAGCUUCACUUUAUAAAGAAGUUUUAAAAUGGGGUACAGAUUUCUUAAUUGCAUCACACACAUCUGAUAAUGUUUUUGUAGUUCAAGUUGGUAAUGGAGAUGUUGAUCAUUCAGUUUGGCAACCACCAGAAGAUAUAAACUAUGUCCGUCAAAUUUAUACCAUUGAUCCAAGUAAUCCAGGUACUGAUAUUGCAAUGGAAGCAGCAUCAGCAUUGUCAGCAGCAUCAUUAGUAUUUAAAACAAGCGAUCCUACCUAUUCAGCCAAAUGUUUACAACAUGCUCAAAAAUUGUAUUCAUUUGCAAUUACAUCACAAAUGAAAGCAACAAAUAAUCAAACCUAUAUGAAUAAUGCUGCUUUAUAUUAUACCUAUGAUAAUACUAGAUAUGCAAAUGAAUUUAGUUGGGAUAAUAAAGGUGUUGGUGCAAUGUUAUUAUUAUAUCAAUUAACAGGUGAAUUAAAAUAUAAAGAUAAUUUAGAAGCUGCAUUUAAUGUUUGGCAACCAGGUAGUACAUCAAAUGUUAUUACAUAUACAAAAGGUGGUUUAGCUUGGUUACGUGAAUGGGGUCCAUGCCGUUAUUCAUUAGUAAUGGGAUUCCUUCAAUCUGUUUAUUCAAUAAAAAAUGGAGGUGAUUCAAAAUAUAAUACAUUUUAUAAAAGUCAAUUAUCAUAUGUUGUAGGUAAUAAUACCAAUAAGCAAUCAUUUAUUACAGGUUAUGGAUCAAAAGCACCAAAAAAUCCACAUCAUCGUGCUGCUCAUCAUUCAACAACUAAAGAUAUCAAUAAUCCAGUAAAUAAUACAUAUCAAUUACCAGGAGCUUUAGUUGGAGGACCAGGAAAAAAUGAUGAAUGGUCAGAUGAUAGAUCAAACUAUGUAACAAAUGAAGUUGCAUUGGAUUAUAAUGUUGGCCUUGUUGGAUCACUCUCUGCAUUUGCAACUGGUUCCGAAGCAACCUCAUCUUCAACUGGUUCAACAACCCCAUCAACCACUUCAACACAAUCAACAACUGGUUCAACCACUACUUCACAACCAACAACUGGUUCUACUACUGCAUCUCAAUCUACAACUAGUUCAACUACUGGAACUCAAUCAACAACAUCAAAGACAACAGCUUCCACUACAGGUUCUCAAUCAACAACUACAUCUACUACGUCUCAAUCAACAACUAGUUCAUCUCAAUCAACAACAACAUCAAAGACAACAGCUUCCACUACAGGUUCUCAAUCUACAACUACAUCUCAGUCCACAACAACUUCAAAACUUGGUGAAUCAGAAUCUGAUGAUCAUCUUGGUGACUCUGUUUCCUCAUUCAUUGGAAGAGCUGAUUCAGUUUUGUUAAUAUUACUUUCAUUAAUUUCUUUGAUUUUUAAUCUUUAG